CGAACACUCGCAGUCAUAUCAGUAUACGCAUACACAAACGCGAUAACAGCUAUUACCAGGGUUUAUCGCAAUAUAGCUGACACAAGGUAUAUAGAGGAGCUGAGCUCGACUACAGAUAGAGAGCAUACCGCAAAGCCAAUAUGAUGCAGUCUGUACUUCUAGGAGUGAGAAGGGGCGCCAACGCAUAUAGAUCAAUACCUUCAACACAGCAAUCACAAUGGCGUGGAGCUGUUGGAAUGGGGGUGGUAUACACCAGAGAAUAUGUCACAAAGGUAGUCAUGCCGGCUCUGUCGCCUACGAUGACGGAAGGAGUGAUCUCAAAGUGGUGCAUUGAGGAGGGCGAGUCCAUUGAAGCUGGGGAUGUGCUGUUUGAGAUGGAGACAGACAAAGCCACCAUGGAGGUGGAGUCCAAUAACGAUGGUAUUCUUGCCAAGAUCCUGGUACCCGCUAGUACUGAUGUCAAGACACCGGUGAAUAAAAAUGUGGCUCUGAUGGUUGAGGAGGGUGAAGACUGGAAGAACGUAGAGAUCCCUGCCGACGACGACGCAGGAGCCUCAUCCGAGGCGCCUGCAGAGAAAGCCUCAGAAUCAGCCGAGGCACCCGCACCAGCUCAGUCGUCUGGCGGCGGCGAUGAUGACUCACACGCAGCAACACGCUCCACACUAUUGCCAUCGGUAGCCCAAUUGGUACAGAAACACAACCUCAAUGUGGCUGAGAUCCCUGCUACGGGCCCUAAAGGCCACCUCUUGAAGGGAGAUGUACUCAAUUUCUUGGAAACUGGACAGAAAGUAGGCGCCCAGUCUUCCAGCGGAUCGUCUCAGGCUGCCCCCAGCACUGCGUCUAAGAGUGCGCCAGCCAAGUCAGCCGCACCCGCCGCUGAUGCAGAGUACGAGGAUUUGCCUGUGUCCAACAUGCGAAAGAUCAUCGGCUCGCGUCUGUUAGAAUCCAAGACCACUAUCCCCCACACAUACAUGACUCUGGAGUGCGAUCUCACCAACGUUGCUAAGAUGCGUGCCAACCUCAAAGAGCAAGGCGUCAAGGUGUCCGUCAACGACUUUGUGGUCAAGGCUUGUGCAGCGGCCAUCAGCGAAGUGCCGGGGGUCAACUGUCAACUACAGAAGGACGGCGCCAUCAAGGAGAACGAUAGCAUUGGCAUUAGCGUUGCCGUGGCAACGCCCACGGGACUGAUCACGCCCAUUGUCACGCAGGCGAACGGUCGCAGUGUGCGCAGUAUCUCCGGUGCGAUUAAGGAGCUGGCUGGUAGGGCUAAGGCGGGCAAGCUGCAGCCCAAGGAGUACCAGGGAGGAUCCUUCAGUGUAUCCAACCUGGGUAUGUUUGGCGUGGCUGAGUUCGCAGCCGUCAUCAACCCCCCGCAAGCCGCUAUCAUGGCUGUCGGAGGUGGCCGCAAGGUGUUCAAGGCCGGCGAGGCUGUGGAUGGUAUCCCCACAUACGUACCUGCCGAACUGAUGACUUGCAGGUUGUCCUACGAUGAACGGGUGAUCGACUCGGAGACCAUGGCAAAGUUCUGCGACCAAUUCACGGCCAACAUGGAGGACCCAUUAAAUAUGAUCUGAGUAUCGUAGCUCUGAAGUAUAUAUAUAUACAAUACCAGACUGCCUGAGCACACCGUACGUACCCAAGGGUGGUACGCUAGCCCUACACACCGAGGGCAUCCACUCGUUGCUUCACGCGAUCGAAAGUCAAGUUAAGGGUAAUAAAAUUUAAUGGUAAUAAACUUAUUUCGCUUCCAUCGCAAACGGAUAGACGAUGUGCUC